AUGUAUGUGGCCAGCAAUACAUCCCCAGGCAGCAUUGGAGAGCAGCUCCCACAGCUGCCUGCAGGUUUUCUGGUUGACCUGAACCUGGUCAGUGGUAGCAGUCCAUGUGCUGGCAGAGUGGAGUUGAAAUUUGGUGAUGCCUGGAUGAAAGUAUGUUCGACUGCUGAGUCAAUGAAACAUGCUGCAAUAAUUUGCAAACAACUUGGAUGUGGUACUGCAAUGAGUAUCCAUGAAGCCAGCCAUUUUGCAGAGGAUUCCAGACCGUACGUAAUUUUAGGAGAUGUUUGUCGAGGUCAUGAAGCAUCAGUUUGGGAAUGUUCUUGGCAAUACAGUCUGGAGUCAAGAUGCUCUCCUUCUUUCUAUACUGGAGUGACGUGCUCAGGUGACACACAGCCCCGGCUAAUUGAAGGUGACAAUGCCUGCUCAGGACGUUUGGUGAUAAGACAUGGACACACUUGGGCUACAGUCAGUGAUUCCCACCUUGAUCCUAAAGCUGCCAGUGUGAUUUGUAAUGAGCUACAGUGUGGAGCAGUUGUAUCAAUCACAGAAGGAGCUCACUUUGGAGAAGGACAAGGGCCAAUCUGGACUGAAAAGUUUCAGUGUGUGGGAAAUGAGUCUUAUCUUGCGUACUGCCCCCGAGCACCACCCAUGAAUGAGACAGGCUCACAUGGAAAUGAUAUUGGCCUUAUAUGUUCACGAUUCACUGGGUUCAGGCUGGCGAAUGGCAGCACACAGUGCUCAGGGAGAGUAGAGGUCCAGGUGCUCGGUGCCUGGGGCACCCUCUGCGACUCGCACUGGGAUUUAUCCGAUGCCCACGUUCUCUGUCGUCAGCUCGACUGUGGAUUUGCUGUGUCCGCUCUAGGAGGAGGGCAUUUUGGGAAAGGAACUGGCCCUGUCUGGAAAGACACAUUCCACUGUAAUGAGACUGAACCCCAUUUGUGGCACUGCCCAGUUACUGCCUUGGGGGCCUCUCAGUGCUUGCAUGACCGUGAUGUUGGUGUGAUUUGCUCAGGAAGCAGGAAGAUCAGACUGGUGAAUGGGGCAGGUCGCUGUGCUGGGAGAGUGGAGGUUUAUUACCAGGGCACCUGGGGGACCAUCUGUGAUGAUUCCUGGGACUUGUCUGAUGCCAGCGUAGUUUGCAAACAACUGAAAUGUGGACACGCCAUUGAGGCAUCUGCCUCUGCUCACUAUGGGGAAGGCUCAGGGCAGAUCUGGAUGGAUGAUGUGAACUGCUCUGGGAACGAGUCUGAGCUCUGGGCAUGUCCUUCCAGGGGCUGGGGCCAACACAACUGCCGACACAAAGAGGAUGCAGGGGUGCUCUGUUCAGAAUUCAUGGAUCUACGGCUGGUGAAUGGUGGACGGCUGGAGGAUGGCUGUGGGGGACGGCUGGAGGUUUUCUACAAUGGGACCUGGGGAAGUGUUUGCUCCAAUCAAAUGACUGAAGCCACUGUUAAAAUUAUAUGUAAACAGCUGAGCUGUGGAGUUGGAGGUGCAUUUGCAAAAGAGUUUGCAUAUGGAAUAGGUUCUGGUCCCACAUGGCUAGACCACAUUGAGUGUCGUGAGCAUCACAGCUCCCUUUGGCAGUGCCCAUCAAAGUCAUGGGAUCUUCAGUCAUGUGAUAAACGGAUAGAAGAGACCCACAUUUCUUGCAACAAGGAAAAGCUCCGCGUUGUGGGAGGAGAGGACGGAUGCUCAGGGAGAGUGGAGGUUUGGCACCGCGGCUCCUGGGGAACGGUGUGUGAUGAUUUCUGGGAUAUGGCGGAUGCGGAUGUUGUGUGUAGACAAUUGGGCUGUGGACCUGCUGUGUCUGCCCUGGGUGAGGCUGCAUUUGAGGAAGGGACUGGCCCUAUUUGGGUUGAGAAGUUGGACUGUCAAGGGACAGAAUCAUCUCUGUGGCACUGUCCUGCCAAGCCCUGGGAGGACAGUAACUGCCAUCAUAAGGAAGAUGCUGCUGUAAAUUGCUCUGAUCCACCUCGAACAGACAGUGGGAGAGACAUGGUGCCCAUUGUUAUCUGCAUUAUUCUGGGGGUCCUUCUCUGCUUGGUCUUAAUCAUUCUGGCUGUGCAGGUGCGAAAUGCCAGAGCACAGAAGAGAGCAUCCAAAAAAUUCAUGAAGCCCGUCUCUGAGGCUGUGUACGAAGAGCUUGAUUACAGCCCAAUGAAGGAGAAAUACGAAUUAUUUGUUCAUUCAGGAAAUUACUAUGAUGAUGCCAAAGAAGUUCAUGACCCUGAAAAAGUUCUUGCAUCUAGGCAGAAUACAGAGGAAGCCACAGGGACCUCUGACAAAAUGUCAGGUCUGUCAUCAUCAUUAUUAAUUCUCAUCUGUAUUUCAGAGGCCUCUGUACUGCCCAGAGAUGCCAACAAUGAUGGUUAUGAUGAUGCUGGUGAAAUUUCCGAUCCAGAACACAGUUCUGCUUUUCACCACAAUUAUGAGGAAGUCAGUGAAGUCCCAGAGGAAAAUGAUGGGAGAAGGGAUUCACUGACAGGUUGGAGUCUGCACUCUCUAAGAACUGAAGGGACCUCUGGAGCUGACAGAAAAGAUCCCUUCCUGCCUCCUGGGGACAUAGACUAUGAUGAUGUUGAAGAUGGCUUCGCUGGUACAUUGAUAUAA